GGGCGUCAGAAAACUAGACAGGAAGUGACGCAUCCGCAUGUGGAUGGACGAUUGCCCGAAACGUCGCUCAUUAUUUAUUUAUUUAUUUUAAACGCCUCGCAAAGUGUCAUUGUGUUGCGAUUCCUUCUCUCCCUUCGCGUUUCAUCGACGAUGCACCGCGGCAAUGCAUGACAACCGGAAGUGACGUCACGAAUUCGUUCCCUCCCCUCCCCCCUUAGUAAGAUGGCGGCGCACGUGAGCAGGCUGGGGCCGCAGAGACACGCGCUGCUCAGGGUCGCGCAGAGGAGCAGGGAGAACGGCUUCUGCACGAGCAUCGUCCGUGCCCAGCAGCAGGUGUCAGCAGAGAAGCGAUCAGAGCCUCUCCAAGGUGGAAUUGUCAUUCCCCGACGGAAGACAUGGGAGCGCACGGCCGUGCUGAGAUGCCUUGCCCGCACCGUGGCCCCGGACCCAACUGCGUGGCACUACACCCUCCAGGAUGAUCGCUACCUCACCCCGAUCAACAUGGCCGAGCAGAAACUCUUUAAGCUGGCUCAAGAGUCGGGGAAGAAUGCAGCGAAAUACAUCGUCAACAACUACCCUCACCUGUUCACCAAGCAGCAGGCGGAGCCUCACAUUCCAGGGUUCAUGCCGCAGCAGCUGCGUCCGCUGAGGGAGGGCGCCAGCGUGGAGGCCUUGCAGGAGCUGAUCGCGCUGCGCCACGCGCAAGCUGCCACCCUCAUGUACGACUCGCUGGUGCAGGCCGGAACGGCCGUUCCCAUGGAGACGGCCAACCGCCUGCUGGACCUGCUCUGUUUCUACGGCGACCGGGAGCCAGAGGGCAGCCCCACAAUGCUGAAGGAGGAAGCUGCCGGGGUCGGGGUGCUCGCCGACCGCGAAAUGGAUGGAGAGAGCCCCGUGGUGGCGGAGACCGCGGUGAUGGAGGCGGAGGCGGAGGAGGAGGCGGGGGCCGAGGGCGGAGAGAGGGAAGUUGCGGCCCCCGCAGGCCCCGCAGGCCCCGCAGGCCCCGCAGGCCCCGCAGGCCCCGCAGGCCGGAGACGGGGCGGCGCGGCCAUCCCGGAGCGCACCUGGAGGGCGGGGAACAACGCGGAGAGGAUCUUCAACUCCAUGCCGGAGCGGGAUGCUCACUCCUACUGCGCCAUGAUCCAGGGCAUGGUCAAGCACCGAGCAGCGGAGGAAGCGUUCAACCUCUUCGUGGAGAUGAACAACUCUGGACUGAAAGGCAACUUGUACACGUACAACGCUAUCAUCAGCGCCAUCCCUGUGCUGCGCCAGAAGGACACUGACCGCAAGGACCUGCUGCUGGUAAAGACAGAGGUCCCCCGAGUAGCCUCAGCAGACUGUCGGGGCAAGUGCUGUGAGUGUGCAGCGCCUGCGAAGGCCGGCACGGUGGCACACGAGGCGGUGGUGUGGCCAACACCACGCCCAGUGCCGAUGGUGGUGGUGGUGGUUGUGGUGGUGGUGAUUGUGGUGGUGGUUGUGGUGGUGGUGGUUGUGGUGGUUGUGGUGGUGAUUGUGGUGGUGGUGGUGAUUGUGGUUGUGGUGAUGAUUGUGGUGGUUGUGGUGGUGGUGGUGAUGAUUGUGGUGGUGGUUGUGGUGGUGGUGGUGAUUGUGGUUGUGGUGAUGAUUGUGGUGUUUGUGGUGGUGAUGAUUGUGAUUGUGGUGGUUGUGGUAGUGGUGAUUGUGAUGAUUGUGGUGGUGAUUGUGGUGGUGGUGGUUGUGGUGGUGAUUGUGGUUGUGGUGGUGAUUGUGGUUGUGGUGAUGAUUGUGGUGGUGAUUGUGGUUGUGGUGAUUGUGGUGGUGGUGGUGAUUGUGGUGAUUGUUGUGGUGGUGGUGAUUGUGGUGGUGGUCAGGGGCGGUUUCUUCAUUAGGGCGAUUGGGCGACGCACCACCAAUGUCAUUCAUCCACAGAGUCACGCUAGCCGUCAUUGCCAGCCUCUGGAUAUAGUCCAAUCAGCGUCAUGUCACGUUCUGUGGAGUACCGCCUCUUUUUGGGCGAUUUCACUCCGGCUGAGAAUCGCCCCGAGUGGCCCCAUAGACUUACAUUCGAAGAUGUUUUUUUUCGAACGGCGGGCGCUCCAAUGCAUUCUCUAUGGCUUCCGGGAGGGCGAGCCCUAACGUGCUUACGUCAUCAUACGUAAGCACGUUUCAUCCAACAAUAUAAUUUAUCGCCACCUAGUGGAAUCUUUAAUAAAAUAAACUUGAGUGGUUUGUUUUAAUAGUGAGUAUAGAAACAAACAAGAUGUAUUGUAAGAGUCACUUUAUUUCUCAUUAAUAUUAAAGAAGUGAAGUUGCCUUUACAUGCUUAAGCUGUUAAUUGAUCCAUUGCAUGGGUGGACCUUAUCCUUAUCAAUCAUCCAGACAUUUGCCCCCCCUGAGAGAUUUUGCAGGAGCCGCCACUGGUGGUGGUGGUGAUGAUUGUGGUGGUGGUUGUGGUGGUGGUGGUGAUUGUGGUUGUGGUGAUGAUUGUGGUGGUGGUGGUGAUGAUUGUGGUGGUGGUUGUGGUGGUGAUUGUGGUUGUGGUGGUGAUGAUUGUGGUGGUGGUUAUGGUUGUGGUGGUGGUUCUGGUGAUGAUUGUGGUGGUUGUGGUGGUUGUGGUGGUGGUGGUUGUGGUGGUGGUGGUUGUGGUGGUGAUGAUUGUGGUUGUGGUGGUUGUGGUGGUGGUGAUUGUGGUGGUGUUGGUGGUGGUGGUGGUUGUGGUGAUUGUGGUGGUGGUGGUGAUUGUGGUGAUGGUGGUGAUGAUUGUGGUGGUGGUGCUGGUUGUGGUGGUGAUUGUG